GCUAGUGACAAGGUGUGGCUGCCUCUCCGCUCCAACCAUCGUGGGCACUUGACAAGUUCCACAAGCCUCUGAUAAACCAGGGACAAUUGUGGCUUGAUCAAGACGGUUAAAUAUCACCGUGGGAGUGCUGUGUGACAUUAAUAUUAAAACAUUCAGUGAUCAAUCUCCAUCGGCUCGACCGAUCCUCCAAAUUCCCAGUGACUGGUGUAAUUAACAGCUCCAAUUUGUUAAUACCAUCGUUUUUUUUAUUUCUUCAUCUCCUAUCGGUGAUGAUGCACUGAACUGUGAUGAGAGACAUAAGUGAAAGAUCAGUGGCGGAAUGAAGUGCCGGUUGGAGUGGAUAGGGUGGAAUGCAGGAUAAAUAAUAAACUGGGGAAGGAAAUUGAAAAUUGGGUGAACUGGUCCAUUAUUCGCGCAGCAUCCAUCCAGCAGAGAUUGAAAACAUGAGAAUCAGAGGACGCGAGUUAUUUUUUUUCUCAUUGUCAAUGGCUAUUGUGGCGUGAGGGAUGAGUGGAUGAUAAAUACGCAGGAUGAUGUAUUGAUGAUGUAUUGUUGAUUGAUGAUUGGAGAGUAAUUAGUCGUUGAUGGAGUGAAUUGGGUUGGGGAUUGGAUGUUGUAGGGUGGAAUUAAAUAUUGUAUUUGUUUUAUCUGGUUGUGAUACACCGACUAAAUACGUUGUCUCGAUCAAUAAUGGGGAAAACGAGACGGGAUAAUCGCACCUCUGGUCUCUGGUGAAUAAUUGAUCGUUUAUUUUUUUGAGGGGAUAUUAAUUUUGGGAAUUUUUAUGGUGGUUUGGGUGUAUGAGGGGAAGUGAGUAAAAAUGCCGGGGGAGGGUAUGGGCGAGGAGGGCUUUGUGAGGGUUGAGUGGCUCUUCAGGGAAUUGAGGUCUCAGGGUGGACCUGAGAGGCUCCUGAUACUCGAUUGCAGGGGCCAUUCGGACUUUUUAGAGGCUCAUGUCAGGGGAUCAGUGUCUCUGGCUAUACCCAGUAUUAUGUUGAGGCGUUUAGCUGCUGGCAAGGUUGACUUAUUAGCGACAAUAAGAUCUAUUGAGCUGAGGAACAGGGUUGAAGCCUUUUUGUAUGGAGAUGAUGAUAACAGGGGGACUUUUAUCCUCGUUGGGGAUACUACGGAUCCACCAGGACAUCAGGGCGAAACUAUUCAGGUGCUCAGCAGGCGACUCAGGAACUGCGGUGGAUGCGUCGCUACACUCAUUGGAGGCUUUGGAGCAUUUCGAGACCGAUAUCCAGAGUGGUGUGAGGGCAGUCAAGCAAAUACUGAGGGACAAACCGGUCAGGAUACCAAUGUUGGAGAACUGAUGGGAUUACGAUCGCUGAGAAUUUCCACACCUCCUACAAGAGCCUACUCCGACAGUGAUAGCGAUAGCACUUGCGAUUCUGUCGUAGGCCCAGACGAGGAUAAAGACUUCCCCGUGGAAAUUCUACCGCAUCUAUAUCUCGGCAAUGCAGCAAACAGCGAGGAUCACGAGGCCCUGGCACGCCAUCGGAUACAGUACAUUCUUAAUGUAACACCCGACCUGCCAAAUGUUUUUGAAAGCGCGGGUGCCAUAAAAUACAUGCAGAUACCCAUCAGCGAUCACUGGAGUCAGAAUUUGGCUAGCUUCUUUCCACAGGCUAUUCAAUUCAUCGAGGAAGCACGAAAUUUGGACAAGGGUAUACUAGUCCAUUGCCUAGCCGGUGUAUCGCGAUCUGUCACGAUAACAAUAGCAUAUCUAAUGCACAAGUGCAAUUUGAGUCUGAACGACGCGUUUAAUCUAGUGCGAAGUAGAAAAUCAAAUGUUGCACCGAAUUUUCAUUUCAUGGAGCAGCUGCACAGCUUUGAGCGCGAGCUGAGGGAUCGUGACGAUCGUAAACGCAAUAAUCAGCGAUGCAUUGGGGCCUGUCAGCCCAAUGGGCCAUGCAAUUGUCCAGCCCCGAGUUUUCUGAGUCCACUGGAUCUCGGCCUGAGUCCUGAUUCGGGAAUUGAAUUUGAUAGGUGGGCAGCCAGUACUCCAGCUGAAUGAGACGGGCCUGGGGGGACCCAAUACAAAUUUUAGGUCCCUCCCCUGCCCCAUUUGUCGUUGAUUUUUAUUUCAUCUGUACAUUAAUGCCAGUACUAAUGUUUAAUCAUGUUGCAUAUUAAAUGGGAGCGGUUCGCUGGUCGAACAUUUCGAUACAGACCGAUAAUUUUCACUUGGAAAUGUGUGCGCGUGUGAGUGAGGCGACUUGGUAGAUUUUUUUCAUCUAGAAAUGAUUCAUUAUUAAAUAUUUCCAUCAACUCUUUCGAAUGCUGUCGUCCCUUCAAUGGAAUAAUUUUUUCAAAGCCAUUCAAUUUUUUUUUUUAUUGAAUUCAGAUUUUUUUUUUAUGGAUUUGAAAUUGAAUACAUGAAAGCAUUUUUUAUUCAUUCACGUUCAUCGCGAAAUUUCAUGUUUAAUAAUAUCUUUUGUUUUGUUUAUUAAUUUCAUAUUCAAGGGAAUUUGUUUCAAACUCAUGUUAAAUAACCGGGCACAGCCUGAGGGCUCUCAGCUACAUUCUUUUCACUUCUCACAGAUAAAACUGAAGAAUCCGCUGAAAACGUACAUAUUCGGGAUUUUCAAUUAAUUACUUCAUGCAAGCUGACACUGACGAAACCUAGAAAUUAUUUUGAUAUUCCCCUACCUGAGAUAAAUUCGCGUUAAAAUAAUCCGCUGACCUAAAUUUAUGUUCGUUUUAUCUGACGAUUUAUUUAACCGACGCACCGGAGCUUGAAGAAAUGAAAAAAAUGAUACAAUUAAUUUCAUUAAAGGGAUCCUCCCGAGGUUCGUACGAAACGAGUAUUUCCUUUCAGCACAUUUAGAACUUUAAUUUAAUCUACCAAGUCCAUAUUAAAUAAUCCAUAUCUAUCCCCUAAAGUAAUUCCACUCCUGCAGGUCAGGGGAAAAAUUUUUACAACCUGACGUUUCUAUAUAAACGCGUGUUCCUUAGAAUAAAAUCCUGUCAAUUUAUUAGUCACAUUAAGACACCUUGAUAAAUUGAAUCUAGAUACGAACAUUCGCGCGUGUUAUAUAGAAUGAGUCGAAGAAACCACAGCUUCCUGCCUCGUGUUUCCAUACGCCUUUCCACACUACCUUACUAUACGAUAUUUUUCUUUUGAAUUCUCGUUCUCAUUUCUCUACGGUAAAAAUCAUGACGCAUCAAUGAAAUAUGCGUCAUGAUUUAGGGAGAGAGUAGAUAGGACUGUUAAUACUUCUACGUAAAACAGAGAGAUCUAGUAGAAAACUGACUUCUUUUUUAUACUUAUUUUGAUUAAUUUGAUUGAUAAAUGUUCCAAUUCGUUGUAAUCGCAGUAUUGAACUCUUGAAAGUAUUCGAUAAAUUGAUGUAACAGUGGGAAUGGAAAUAAAAUCUGCGAUUAAUUGUAAUGCAACGUACAAUUUACCUAGUGGCAUGAUUGAUAUGUUAUUUUAAUUAUAAUCGAUGGGAGCAGAAAAACACAUGGACGUGCGAUUCGACAGUAGAAAGAUAAUGCAAUAGAUUAAAAUAUAAAAAUGGAUAAGCAAUAGUUAAUGACUCUAGCAGUGUAUCUGAUAUUUGAUUGAUCUGAUAUUGAGAAGAACGAAUGGAGAGCAUUACUUAUUCAUGAAAUAUUGAUAUUGUAUCGGUGUAGCAAAUCAUUCAGCAAUUAACAAAGAUGUCCAUACGUAUUUUUAGAGUAUAAUUUUAUACCUGUUGUUCAGCAUUAUUGAAUCACAAUGCUGUAUAUUAUAUAUUCGUAUUAUUAUCUUUGAAGACGUCGAUUAUCGGGGCUGUGUGACAUUUCUUCGGUAUAAUCGUCAAUUAUCUGAUGUAAUUAAGAGAUGGAUGAGAUCUAAAAUGGAGGAAGCAGCCUGAUAAUUCCGUUCUGUCACGUAUUCGGAGGAAAUAGUGAGAAAAAAAAAAUAUCUUUCAUACGUGAUUUGAAAAUAAAAGGUUGACGCGUAUAUAUUGGAAUAUAUAUUGCACCUUGCGUUCGAUAAAAGUCGUGGGAGCACGUUAUUCACGUGGGCUCAUUGCAAUUAGAAAGUUAUUUGUUGAUUUGGCUUCCAAAGUGUACGUCGUGAAACUAGAUAUGACUCAUCUUUCAUUGAAGCAGUGAAAGAUCAUGAGUAAAUGCAUUUUUUUGUGAAGGGCAUUCCGCCAGUUGUUUUAUCUGCUGAGAAACUGAAAGAUAUUUAGGACGAUUCAGUAUCCUCUUUAUUCUGUACAAAAGCGUUAGAGUUAUUAAGGAAAUAAAACCAAAUUGAUUUUUCAUAGGUAGAUAAGGACUUUUUAGAUUUCGCUAGUGGAAUCUUUCAAUUGAAAUAUCAUUGACUAUGUUGUAGAGAUUGUUCGAUAGGUUCGAUCAUUAUGUGGUGUGCAAGGUGAUUUUAAUACGUGAUGUUUUUUCACUGGUGGUUAGAAAUACCGAGAGGUUUUUCGAAAAUAACGUCCUCUCAUUUACGUUCCAUCAUUGAAUUUUACGUUUUAUUGGGAGAAUUGUGAAAUUCAAUUGUUAACUUCAAUCGAUUCCCUGAAAAUCAUCAACAAUUUCCCUGUUUACAAAAUUACGAUGUAUUUUCAUAACUAAACGUUGGAACAAUUAUUAUUGUAAUUCACACGGAAAUAAUAUACUACUGAAAUUCUCCGGCAAAUGCACGUAUUGUAAAUAUACGAGAUAUGACUGGUUUGCGAGAAAUAAAUCAUUACUAGAUAUUCUUUCCGUCUGAGUGGACAAGUUCUUCAGGAUGCGAUGAAAUUUUAUUUUUAUAAAUAUAAAAUAAAUACGGAAAAGAAGGAAAUCAAAUGACAUUCCCCCUCGCUAUGCCGUAAUGGCCUGAAAACCAUAACUAUCUCAAUGUAAUAUGUGUAUCGUCUAUCGAUGAGUAAUUGAUAACUAACAUGAAUGUAAUGUAAAUGUUAUUCACUCGUAUGAGACACUUCGCGUCGACAAGCAAGAGCUAUCAAUCAGGGGUUGUAUUGCCAUGAAUAUUUUUAAGAAACUGGAUUCUCAAUCCAAAAGUUACAGCUGUUUGAAUUGAUGUGAAGUGCCUCGUAUAAGGAGGGGUGAACAGGGCAUAAUGAAUCAUGUAAUUACUAAUUUGGCGAUUUUUUUUUAAUUUUCAUGUUUCAAAAAAUUUUAAUAAAAAUGUAUUCACACA